AUGGAAACCAACCAAAGAUGCAACAAGAGAUCAUACCACCAGACCCUCAAUCAUCAGGCCAAGAAGUCUCCACAUUUCUUCAAAGUUGUGUUUUCUCCUGUGGACCAAGGCAUAAAAAUUCCAACUGCAUUUAUGAGAAAAUAUGGAGAUAGUUUGGAGAAGGUUGUGUGGUUGAAGGUUCCUAAUGGAGCUUCAUGGCCAGUAGACUUGCUUCAGACUGAUGCCGGGACUUGGCUGGAUAAAGGGUGGAAGGAUUUUGCAGAGUAUUAUUCCAUUGAGCAAUGCUAUUUCGUGGUGUUCAGAUACGAUGAGAAAUCCCUCUUCAAUGUUAUAAUAUUCGAUCUAACUGCUUCAGAAAUUGAGUAUCCUUUAGAAGCCACUCAGGACAGCGGAGUUAUACUCGGUAAUGAGGACCGGCUGCCAAGGAGGAGGACAACAAGCCCAAUGCGGAAUUCAGAUGAAAUGGAAAAAGCAUCUGAUGAUGAUUCCAUUGAAAUCUUGGAGGAGAUUCCAGCUGCAGCAUGCCAUGCCAAACAGGGGGGAAGGUCAGCUCAGAUUGGUGAAGAAAAAGCUUCUGCUUGCAUAAACAAGGAGAAUGUUGAAAAGUUGGAUGCAAAUGUCAAUCCAUCUCAGAGAGUCACCACAAAAGAAAGCUUUAAAACAACGCUCAGUACUCAGUCUUCCAAUCCCAAAAUUAAAACAGUGAUUGACAAAGACAAGUUUUCGUCAUACCAAAGAGCAGAGGCUUUCACAUCUGAGAAUCCCUUCUUCAUUCGUUUCAUGCAACCAUCCUAUGUUACUAGCAGAUGCGCUUUGAACCUUCGACUGAGCUUUGCCUUGGAGCAUCUGACCAAAGACAACCACUGCAAUUUGGACCUUCGUGUCUCAGAGGGGACAAAAACAUGGCCUGUCCUGUGUUUUCUUUAUACAACAAAUGCAAAAAUUACACAUGGUUGGGAGAAGUUUGUGCUGGAUAACAACCUAGUGGUUGGAGAUGUUUGUGUAUUCGAACUGAUCAGGGGCUCUCGAACUUUCAUCAUCACUAUAUACAGAAGAAAUUGA